GGGAGGCCCGGGGUCAAGGAGCGAACCGGGCACAAGAUGGCGGCGAUAGCGGCAGUGGCUGCGCGUAGGAGGCGGUCUUGGGCAAGUUUGGUACUGGCAUAUUUAGGGGUCUGCCUGGGGAUUACCCUUGCUGUGGAUAGAAGCAACUUUAAGACCUGUGAAGAGAGUUCCUUUUGCAAACGGCAGCGAAGCAUUCGGCCAGGCCUCUCUCCAUAUAGUGCCUUACUAGACACCCUGCAGCUUGGUCCUGAUGCCUUCACAGUCCAUCUGAUCAAUGAGGUUACCAAGGUGUUAUUGGUGCUGGAGCUCCAGGGUCUUCAAAAGAACAUGACCCGUAUAAGGAUUGAUGAGCUGGAACCCCGGCGACCUCGAUACCGUGUGCCAGAUGUUUUGGUGGCUGAUCCCCCAGCAGCUCGGCUUUCAGUUUCUGGUCGGGAUGACAAUAGUGUGGAGCUAACAGUGGCUGAGGGGCCCUACAAAAUCAUCUUGACAGCACAGCCAUUCCGUCUUGACUUGCUAGAGGAGCGCAGUCUUCUGCUCAGCGUCAAUGCCCGAGGACUCAUGGCAUUUGAGCACCAGAGAGCUCCCAGGGUCCCUUUCUCGGAUAAAGUUAGUCUCACGCUCGGUAGCAUAUGGGAUAAGAUCAAGAACCUUUUCUAUAGGCAAGGAUCAAAAGACCCAGCUGAGGGCAAUGAAGCCCAGCCUGAAGAAGUGCCUGGGGAUGGUGACAAGCCAGAGGAGACCCAGGGGAAGGCAGAGAAAGAUGAGCCAGGAGCCUGGGAGGAGACAUUCAAAACUCACUCUGACAGCAAGCCUUAUGGUCCCACAUCUGUGGGUUUAGACUUCUCCUUGCCAGGCAUGGAGCAUGUGUAUGGAAUUCCUGAGCAUGCAGAAAGCCUGAGGCUGAAGGUCACUGAGGGUGGGGAUCCGUAUCGCCUGUACAAUUUGGAUGUGUUCCAGUAUGAGUUGGAUAACCCCAUGGCCCUAUAUGGGUCUGUUCCUGUGCUUCUGGCACACAACUCUCAUCGUGACUUGGGCAUCUUCUGGCUCAAUGCUGCUGAGACCUGGGUUGAUAUAUCCUCCAACACUGCUGGAAAGACCCUGUUUGGAAAGAUGCUGGAUUACUUACAGGGAUCUGGAGAGACCCCACAAACAGAUGUUCGUUGGAUGUCAGAGAGUGGCAUCAUUGAUGUCUUUCUGCUGCUUGGGCCUUCAGUCUUUGAUGUCUUCCGGCAGUAUGCUAGUCUCACAGGGACCCAGGCAUUCCCCCCACUCUUCUCCCUCGGCUACCAUCAGAGCCGAUGGAACUACCGGGACGAGGCCGAUGUGUUGGGAGUGGAUCAGGGCUUUGAUGACCACAACAUGCCCUGUGAUGUCAUCUGGCUGGACAUAGAACAUGCUGAUGGCAAACGCUACUUCACUUGGGACCCAAGCCGCUUUCCACAGCCCCUCACCAUGCUCGAACACUUGGCCUCCAAGAGGCGGAAGCUUGUGACCAUUGUGGACCCUCACAUUAAGGUGGAUUCUGGCUAUCGAGUCCAUGAAGAGCUGCGCAGCCAAGGGCUGUAUGUUAAAACCCGGGAUGGCUCUGAUUAUGAGGGCUGGUGCUGGCCAGGCUCAGCUGGUUAUCCUGAUUUCACUAAUCCCAUAAUGAGGACCUGGUGGGCUAACAUGUUCAGCUUUGACAAUUAUGAGGGCUCAGCUCCUAAUCUCUAUGUCUGGAAUGACAUGAAUGAACCAUCUGUUUUCAAUGGUCCUGAGGUUACCAUGCUCAAGGAUGCACAGCAUCAUGGGGGCUGGGAGCAUCGAGAUGUCCAUAACAUUUAUGGCUUCUAUGUGCACAUGGCAACUGCAGAUGGGCUAAUACAGCGCUCUGGUGGCCUAGAACGUCCCUUUGUCCUAAGUAGGGCUUUCUUUGCUGGUUCCCAACGCUUUGGAGCUGUGUGGACAGGGGACAACACUGCUGAGUGGGACCAUUUGAAGAUCUCUAUUCCCAUGUGUCUCAGUCUGGCACUGGUGGGACUUUCCUUUUGUGGGGCGGAUGUGGGUGGCUUCUUCAAGAACCCAGAGCCAGAGCUGCUUGUGCGCUGGUACCAGAUGGGUGCGUACCAGCCUUUCUUUCGAGCUCAUGCCCAUCUGGAUACUGGACGGCGAGAACCAUGGCUGUUAGCAUCUCAGUACCAAGACAUAAUCCGAGAUGCCUUGGGUCAGCGAUAUUCCUUGCUACCCUUCUGGUAUACCCUCUUCUAUCAGGCUCACCGUGAAGGGUUUCCUGUCAUGAGGCCCCUGUGGGUGCAGUAUCCUCAGGAUGUGACCACCUUCAGUAUAGAUGAUCAGUUCUUACUUGGGGAUGCACUCUUGGUUCACCCUGUGUCAGAUGCUGGGGCCCAUGGUGUGCAGGUGUAUUUGCCUGGCCAAGGUGAGGUGUGGUAUGACAUUCAAAGCUAUCAGAAGUAUCAUGGUCCCCAAACCCUGUACCUGCCUGUAACUCUGAGCACUGUCCCAGUGUUCCAGCGUGGAGGAACAAUUGUGCCUCGAUGGAUGCGUGUUCGGCGUUCUUCAGACUGUAUGAAGGAUGACCCUAUUACUCUCUUUGUUGCUCUCAGUUCCCAAGGUACGGCCCAAGGAGAGCUCUUUCUGGAUGAUGGGCACACGUUUAACUAUCAGACUCGCCAUGAGUUCCUAUUGCGUCAAUUCUCAUUCUCUGGCAACACUCUUGUCUCCAGUUCAGCCGACCCCAAAGGCCACCUUGAGACACCUGUCUGGAUUGAGCGAGUGGUAAUACUAGGAGCUGGAAAGCCUGCAUCCGUGGUGCUCCAGACAAAAGAAUCUCCUGAAAGCCGCCUGUCCUUCCAACAUGACCCUGAGACCUCUGUGUUGACCCUGCGUAAACCUGGUGUCAAUGUGGCAUCUGACUGGAGUAUUCACCUGCGAUAACCCUAGGGAUGUGUUCUGCGUUGGGAGGAGGGAUGUGGUGGUGGCUAGAGUUACCUUUUCUUCUGCCUUGGAGUUUGACCCUCCCCAGACUUCACCUUUCUUACCCCAAGACCCAGAUUCUGCCUACAUCUUGGCAGGAUGAUAGGGCUAUCGCUGGGCUCUGAAUUUCUCUUAUUACCUGGCCUUUCUUACUGUGUGAUACCAAGGCUUUCUUUUCAUGCCUCCAAUAAUGUGUUGCUCUAACUGGAGCACACUGGUGAAGACCUGAGGACCACAGGGCCCUUGCCUCUCCUCAUUCCCUUCCUUAGGGACCCUGACUCUUCCCCAGACCCUAUCCAUUCAUGCCUCUUUUGUGUUGAUGCUGUUUCUUGGGAAAAAGGUGAGGGCAGUGAGCUUUAGCGUUCCUUUUCUUACCGUUUCCCUUUCCAAACUGCCCACUCUUUCAUUCCUCACCACCUUUCUUUGUUCCAUUGAUACACUGGGACCACCCCUUACCUAGUGAGGGAUGAGUGGAUUAAGAGGGAGGUUGCUUGGAGAACAUUCACUUCCCUCUCAUCUCAACUUUUUCCUCCCCCAUUUCCUUUCAGAGUUGCUGCAGUUCUGACAGGGGCAGUUCUACUUCCCCUGUCUGCAGGGAAAAACACUUCCACACCUCAAUUAAGAGAGGGUGGUCAUUAAACUUCUUUUGCCCCCUCAGGUCUCCUUGGGCCACUCAAGAUGGAGAAAUCAGUUGUGGUUUCAUUGAAUCACAAUCACCUGUAUUUAUUGCUGUGCGAAGGCUGAGGUUGGGGAGGGGGGAGGGUAUGAUCAUGUGUGCCCUGGGUUGGCUAGAAGCCUGGGAAGGGGGUUGAUAGAAGACUCCUGGGGAACCCCGGGGUAAUACUUUGGGAAAAUUUUUUUACUUCCUUUGAGUGCCCAACUGUGACAGGUUUUGAUAAAAGGAAAUCAAUAAUAAAACAAAAAAUAAACCAUUAAUAACCA